CAUGUUGUCGUGCAGAAGGGCGUGUUGACUCUAUUUAAACCGAGGGCUCUGCACGGAUUACACACAGACGUGUCUUACCUGGAGAGGAUCUCGUCAGCACAUCGCCCUACACCAGAUCUCUUCCAAAAUGAGCGACCCCAACCCAGUCAACCAGGAAGUGGAGACGUUUAACAAGCAGAAGCUGAAGAAGACGGACACGGAGGAGAAAAACCAUCUCCCAACUAAGGAGGAAAUUGAAGCGGAGAAGAAAGCCAUGAAAGAGGAUAAAUGAAAGCAGCCUGCCAUGAUGAUGAUGAUUCUUCUUCGCCCUGCUCCGUCACCAGCUCGCCCUCCAUUCGGGCGUCCUGUCACUUCCACACCGGGUCUUUCUGUGCCACCAGUGGUUCUGAGGGAGUCUCUUGUAUAAUCAUCUGUAUACAUUAAUGCAACGUUUUACCGUGUUCUUUCUAAACGCAAGCGUUGGACAGAACACGGUAAGAGGCGGUCGGGCUGUAAUCUACAACAUGACACCAAAGCUAUGCCUGUAAAUGGCGCCAUUUAAUUAAAUGUUGUGAAAAAAGGCAAUGAUUUUUGUUUUAAUAAAUAAACAUGUCGGAUGUA